AUGGAUGCAAUUGAAGAAGUAAUAUCAGAAGAUUUUGGAUUUAAAGCUAGCUCCAAUGAAUAUCAAGUGUUUGAGGAUCAAUUUAAUUUAAAUAGUGAUGAAUUCAGCAAAAAUACAUUAAAUUUACUCUCCAUUCAUAAUGAGUCCAAAAUUGCUGCAGUUUCAAAUUACAACACCUUAAAAUUUUUGUCAAUUGAAAAUUCAGUUCAAGACGAAUACAAAGUAUUAGGAGAAAUUAAUAAUGUUAAAAUUACUCAAUUGUUUUUUGUUGACUCUACAUUAUGUUUAUUGAAUGAUGGAAAAAUCCAAACCUUGUCCUUACAUCAGAUUCAAAAUAAAGACUACACGUUCAAUACAUUAAAUGAUAGUCACAAAUUUAUAAGUUUUAAACCAAUAAGUUCUACAACAUAUCUAGCAUUGGAUUCAGAUCACAACUUGUAUCAUAACUCAGACGAAAUCCAAAUAAAAGUAUCAGCAUAUACUUGGUUCAAUGGCUAUCCACUAUACCAUUUGACGUCGAAUUCAAAGUUCAAAUUAUCCAACGGAUCAGUCAAUCUUUCUGAAGAUACUAUUGAAGAAUUAAAAGAACAUGAAUUGAAAGAUAUCAUAGUAUUACAAAAUGAGUUUUUGUUGUUGAUAUAUGACUCUAUAACUGCUGAACCUGAUUGUCAUGACUCAAGAACUUUUUUAUUGAAAUUUGAUAAAGAGUCGAAGUCAUAUACACCAUAUCAAAUUGAUAUUGCACCUCCUUUCGGCUCAGGAUUUAGAUCAUUAACUUAUUAUACAUCAACUAUAAAUAAUUGGCUACCCAAAAAUGAUUUGACGUUUAUAACAUCGUCAAUAUCUACAGAAAUAGGAAUAUUAGAUUAUUUAAAAUCUGAUAAAAACUUAGAAGUUAUGAGUCCAAGUGAAGACUCAAAUAGAGCUAAUUUCCCAAUCGAUGAAGACACAGGUGAUGAUGUAUCACCUUUAGGAUUUGCAGUUUUCUUAAAAGGUAAUGAUGAAAAAAUUAUUAAUCCAUGUGUUGGAGUUGAAGAAGUUUCCGGUAAUGUAUUACCUAAAAUAUAUACUUUAUUAAGCAAUGGGAAAUUGAAAAGUUGGUUAGUAUAUCAUAAACUGGGGAUUUUGAAUGAUGAGUUAUCGUUACAGAGAGCUUUGGAUGCUUCAAACGUAGAUGAAAUAGAUGCACCUGUCUCAAAUGAAAAAGUGGAAGAAGCCAAAGCAGCUGAGGAAAAUCAAGCGCAACCACAGAAUCCGUUUCAAACUAAAAGUAAUCCAUUUGGGUCCACUACUGCAGAUGUGUUCAAAUCUCAACCACAAACUACCACUUCAAAUGAAUCACAAACACAAAAAUCAGCAUUUGGAGCCACCGGUUUUGGAUCAUCAGUAUCAACUAAAUCAGAGUUAUCAACUACAACGACAACACAACAAGCAGGUGGAUUUGGUUCCACUGGGUUUGGCUCAACAGCUUUUGGCUCAUCAGGUGGGUUUGGUUCAACAGGAUUUGGUAAAACCUCAUUUGGUUCAACAAGUUUUGGAAAUCAGUCAUCACAACCUCAAACUAAAGUAUCAGGAUUUGCCAAAUUUGGUAAUACAAACACCACUAACACUGACACUAAAUCAUCGCCAUUUGCAAGGUUAGGCAAUUCUAAUAAUUCUUCACCAUCACCUUUUGCUCUGCUUGGUAAUAAUAAUUCGAAUCAACAACCAAAAUCAAUUUUUGGAGACAAUAAAUCUACAGCAACAAAUUCGAUAUUUGGAGAUAACAAAUCAACUACAGCUACUUCAAUUUUUGGAGGAUCAAAACCACUUCCAAAAACUACAAUGGGCACAUUAACUAAAUCAACUCCAUUUGCAGAAUCAGUAGAGACUUCAAAAGAGCCAACCCCUGAAACUUUCUCAAAAUCUUUUAGAUCACCACCACCAUUAUCACAAGUUGAACAGCCUCCACCACAAUCACAACCGCAAUUUCAAUCACAAUCACAAUCACAAUCACAAUCACAAUCACAAUCACAAUCACAAUCACAAUCACAAUCACAAUCCUCCAGUUCAACUUCAUUUUCUGGAUUCAACAAGCAUGAGACAACUACCAAUUCAUCACCUUUUGGUCAAUUUCAAAAACCUCAAACAUUUGGCUCACCAUUUGACAAUUUAAAAAAAGCAAAUGAACCGUCUCCAUUUGCACAAUUUAGUAAUCCCAAAACACCAACAACUGAAUUUUCUGACAAAUUUUCUUCAGAGGAAGAAGCUGAAGAAGAAAAUUUUGAUGACGAAAAUGAUAAUGAAGACGAUGAAAACGAAUUCGAUGAGGAAGCAGAUGAAUUUGAAGAGGUAUCAGCAGAAGAUAGUUAUUUAGAAAAGUCAUAUGGUGAACAAAAUCAAGAUCAAACAGGGUCAUUUGAUGAUGAAGAGGAAGAGGAAAAAUCUCAAUUUGAGAAGAACUUGGAUAAAUUUGAUUCAUUUGUCAAUAUAAGCAAAAAUGAUAUUGAAGAAAUUGAAAUACCUGAUGAUGAUGAUGAUGAUGAUGAUUAUGAUGCCGAGGAAGAAAUAGCUCAAACUAAAAAAGAAAUUGAGCAAGUACAAGGUCAUGAAGUGGAAGAAGACGAAGAGGAAGAAGAAUGGCCAAUUGAUCCUGUCCAGUUUUUAAUAUUUGAUGGUUAUAGUAAGUCAAUACCUAAAACCGAUAAUCAAGUUGAAAAUAAAAUCAGAGAAAUGAUGUUGGAAACUGAUGGUAAUGUUGAAAUUUUGGAAAUGAAUGUUGACUUAUUAGGUGACUUUGUCGCGGAACACUCUGCAACACCAGGUAGUUCUUAUUUCAAAUUAUCAGAUAUAUCAAAUUUGAAAUAUGAUACUUUACAAUACAAAAACAAGUUACAUUACUUAAAACAAAUAGAAGAGGAAACUGAAUCAUUAAACUCAACGGUAGUAUCAAAUCAAAAUGAAAGAGUAAAAAUUGAUAAAUUGUUUACUCAAUUAAAAUCAUUGGAACAAGGAUCAACCAAGAACUUAAAAUUUUUAAGAAAUAGACCAUUGGAGAUUUCAAAAUUAGAAACUAAAAAUAAAUUAAAUUCAAAAUUAUCAAAUAUCAAGAAUUUGGAAGCAAAAUUGAUUUCUCAACUAAUGCCCUUAAAAUUAGCUAAUUCUUUAAAUUUGGAGACUAUAACAAAAAUUGAAAAAAUCAUUUAUCAAUUAAAUAACCAAAUCUUGGAUCAUAAAAGUACUGUUGAUGAAUUAAUUGAAGAAAUAGAAACCUUAAAUUUGAGAAAUAACGAAAAGGAUAAUAGUCAACUUGGCAAUAAAAUAGCCCUUCAAUCAAAGUCAUCAAAUAAUGGAAAAUUACUUUUUAGAAAGAAGUUAAAGAAAACAGACACUGUAUAG